CUCUGAGCUCAGCCCUGAAACCUGAAGCCAGAAACUUGAAACCAGUCCUUCAGACCUCCAGACCUCAAGACUCAUCAUGAAAACUCUGCUGCUGCUCGUUGCUCUGAUGUUCUGCUGCUGCAUCUCCAGGCUGGAUGCUGUCUCUGUAAAUCGCUGCCGCUGCUUCCGGACAGUUAUUCGUCCGGUUCCUGCUGAAGUCGUUAAGAGGAUCGAAGUGAUUCCAGCUUCUGGUAGCUGCCGCCGAACCGAGAUCCUGAUCUUUAGGAGGAGUGGAUCCAUAGUUUGUGUCGAUCCUGAAGCCAAAUGGUUCCCAGAACUCCUGGAAACCCUGCAAAGGAGAAACUCCCCUCUGAGCUCCACCGCUCUGCCUCCGACUGUUUCAACGACAGACUUCUGAUCAGAGUUUUGUUGAAGAUGUGGAUGAACAGGAGGAAGCUGAGCCACGACAAGCUUUUUGUAACGAUUUUAUUCAAUCAAGUGACUUUUUCUAGUGUUCAGCUUUUGGAAAGCUUUUAAAAACGGUGCAUAAACUUGGUCUUAGUGCAGCAUUACCAGCCUCAAUAGGUUUACGGUUUAAUAAUGAUAAUAGCUUUAUUUCUAAAGCACUUUUCAUACAAGAAAAUGUAACACAAAGUGUUAUACAUUUUGAUAACUGUGAUAAUGAAUCAUUUUAAGGAUGCUAUGUGAUGUAAGUGUAAA